AUGGUCUUCCAGGACAGCGUCCUCGUGGACGGCCGGACGCACAUGCUCGGCCGCCUGGCGAGCAUCAUCGCCAAGGAGCUGCUCUGCGGCCAGAAGGUCGUCGUCGUGCGCUGCGAGCAGCUCUGCGUGUCCGGGUCGCUCGUGCGCAACAAGGUCAAGUUCACGGCGUUCCUCAAGAAGCGCACGAACACGAACCCGAAGCGGGGCCCCAUCCACUACCGCUCGCCGGCGCGCAUGCUCUGGCGCACGGUGCGCGGCAUGCUGCCGCACAAGACGCACCGCGGGCAGCAGGCGCUCGCGCGGCUCCAGUGCUUCGAGGGCGUGCCGCCGCCCUACGACAAGAUGAAGAAGAUGGUCGUCCCCGAGGCCCUCAAGGUCCUCCGCCUCAAGCCCGGGCGCCGCUUCACGGUCCUCGCGCGCCUCGCGUCCGAGUUCGGCUGGAAGCACGAGGCGCUCAUCGCGAAGAUGGAGGAGAAGCGCGUCGCGCGGUCCGCGGAGUUCUACGCGGCCAAGAAGAGCGCCACGGCCCUCAAGGCCAAGGCCACGGCCGCCGCCGACCUCUCCAAGGUCGCCGACGUCCUCGAGGCCUUCGGCCACUAG